AAAAGGAAAAUUCUUAGGGAGUAUCGCAGGAAAGAAAGAGUCGGGAUUGGAAGGUUUUGGAGAGAGAGACACUGAGAGAGUGGUCCUACUGAUUGAUACUCUGUUUCGUUUAGAGAAAGGCCCCCUUUUGAUUUCAUUUCAGUUUCUUCUCUCCUCUCUCUCUCUCUAGUCUCUUUCAUUCACUCAAAAAGAAACACCAUUCUUUGGAGAGAAAGAGAGUCAGAGAGAGAGAGUGAUUGAUUCAUCAACUUUUGAAUACCAGAAGAUUUUUCUUUUCUUCAUUCUAUCAGGGAAAAACAGAGGAGAAACAAGAAAAACAGAGAGGAUUUAUGUCGUGUCUGUUUGAUCUGCUAACAACUAGAGCUCUAAAGAAGCUCUGGAUCUCGUUUUGUUCACUCUGUAUCGCUCUCUUCACUUUUAGCGAUCAGUCCUGGUCAUUUGGGAACAGCAGGAAACAGAACUUUUUUAUCAUUUCUAUUCAAUUAAGAUUAAUAUGGAAUUGUUAUUGCUUCCAGAAUUAUCAGAGAAAUCAUUUAUUGUCUUUAACCUUAGGGUUUAAGGGGUUUUAGAAUUUUGGGUUUUACUUGAUACUCGAGUUGUCAGAGAUUUGCUUUCCAUUUAUUGUUAUCCUGCUUUUUCAUUUAUUUAAUUUCAAGAUUCCCUUUUGGGUUCAAUCAGUUUCACUUUCAAAUAAUGCCAGGCCUUAGAAGGCCAAUUUUGGAUCAAAAUUUGAGUUUCGAGUUUGACAAAGAGAAGACAAUUAGGCCAGGCAUGAAAAACAAUUUGAUGAUGACAAGGAAAGUUCGUAUUAUAUGCCAUGAUCCUGAGGCAACUGACUCCUCAAGCGAUGAAGAUGAAGGAGAUAUUAGCAGAAGAAUGAUGGGUGCUAAACUUUUUGUGAAAGAGAUUAAUCUUUCAAUUCUGCCAUAUGAAUCAAGCACUGAGAACUCGUCACAAGACAAUAAUAAUGACAAAGGAGGCAAAACCACAAGUCAUAGUAAGUAUGGUGACAAAAAGAAAACUCGAACGUCCUCCCCUUAUUAUAAAGGCGUUAGGCGAAGGCCAUGGGGAAAAUAUUCAGCAGAGAUUAGAGAUCCAUUUCGAAAGAUCCGACUAUGGCUUGGUACUUACACUACUGCAGAGGAGGCUGCUGCUGCUUAUAGGAAAAAGAAGGAGGAGUUCGAUAGCAAGAUGGCGGCAGAGAAACUCAAGAAUUUGCCUAUAGUUUCUAAGGAGGGAACAGAAGAACCUAGCGGUUUAUUUUCGCAUCCGUCGCCGUCUUCUGUGCUUGAUGUUUCCGCAGCAACAUCACUUAGUCAUGGAGUUGAAUGUUCGAUUAGAGAUGAGAGCAGUGCGGAACAGGCAGUCAAAGAAUGCACCGAGAGAAAAAUGGUGGAAGAAGAACAUUCUAUAUCUAAUUUAUGGGAUGAGUCAGCGCUAUCGCCAUCGGUUAGUCAAGAAUUGCUGGGUGGUGACUACUACUUGCACUUCGGGAAUGAUUUUGAGCAUUUUUUUGACGGUGUGAAUGAUGUAGAAGAUUUCUAUAUGGCUGAAAGCAGUGAGGUGAGUUUUCCCUGUGACGGGGUGAUGGAUCUUCCAAACAUUGAACUUGAUGCUCUUGCUUUUGUUGAUGAAACUCUCAAUUUUACAUGCCUAUAAGUUUUGCAGUUAGGAACAGAAGCAUUAGUUAUGAGUGUUUUUUUAUUGAAUUGAGGAAAUACAGCUAGUUUUUUAGUCAUAUAUUAGUAUUUUGGUGAAGAGAAAUUGGAGUUUUUGAUCUUGUUAGAGAGGGAUAAAAGAGAGAGCUCUUGGGUUUUUGAUUGUGAUUUUCCAAGAAUUUUGAAUGAAGUUCUCCUAAAUAUGCUGUGGAA